AAGACAAAUAUGGGUAGAAAAUUAGUUCAAAUUAGCAAGGAGGAAGAAAAACGUUAUGAGAUUCGAUUGACAGCUUCCUUAGGUGUUGCAAGAUUUCUCAUAAUGCAAGGGGAUGCUUUCCGUGGACAUGAUGAGUCUUCUACUUCCCUUAACAAGGGUACAUACAGAGAAAUGAUUGAUUGGUACAAAGAUAAGGUUGAGAUAGUGAAGGAGGCAUAUGAAAAAGGUUCUAAAAAUUGUCAAAUGUUAUCUCCUGAUAUACAGAAGGAUCUUACAAAAGCUUGUGCAGAAGAAGUCACGAGUGUCAUCAUGGAUGAGAUUCGGGGUAAAAAAUUCUCAGUGCUUAUUGAUGAGUCUCGAGAUGUAUCAAUAAAGGAGCAAAUGGCAGUGAUUCUAAGGUUUGUGAAUGAUGAAGGGAAAGUGAUGGAGAGAUUUCUUGGACUUCAGCAUGUUCAGAGUUGCACAGCUAUUGCAUUGAAAGAAGCUUUGGUCCGUAUGCUUUCAAGUCAUAAUUUGUCAAUCUCUAUGCUUCGUGGGCAAGGGUAUGAUGGAGCUUCUAAUAUGAGAGGUGAAUUUAAUGGGGUGCAGAAGUUGAUUCGUGAUGAGAAUCCUUAUGCUUUCUAUGUGCAUUGUUUUGCCCAUCAAUUGCAACUAGUGGUUGUUACUGUUUCAACAUCUAGUGCAGAUAUUGCAGAUUUCUUUAACUAUGUUCCUUUAAUAGUCAACAAUGUGGGUGCAUCUUGUAUGAGAAAGAAUGCUUUACUUGCAAAGCAUCAUGAUGUGUUGCUAGAAAAGAUUGAGAAUGGUGAGAUUAUGACCGGAAGAGGUUUAAACCAGGAAAGUAGCCUAGCUAGGCCUGGAGAUACUAGAUGGGGUUCACAUCUUAAAACUUUGCUUCGCAUUUUGGUGAUGUGGGAGGCUAUCAUAGAUGUCCUUGAGAUAGUGAAGAAAGAUUCUAUUAAACCAGCAUGUAAUGGUGGAGCUUUAGGUUUAAUUGGAAAAAUGGAGAGCUUUGAUUUUGUGUUCAUCUUGCAUUUGAUGAUAGAAUUAUUGAGCAUGACAGAUAUUUUGUCACGUGCUUUGCAAAGGAAAGAUCAAGACAUAGUUGAAGCAAUGCAUUUGAUAAUGGAUGUGAAAGAUGGCUUGCAGGAUAUGAGGGAAAAUGGAUGGGAACCAUUACUCAAAAAAGUGAAAACUUUCUGUGAGAGGAAUGAGAUUGAAGUGCCAGAUAUGGAUGAUGAAAUAAAUGUUAGAGGGACAUCUAGACGUAGAAAGCAAAAGCUUCAGUUGAGAGGAUAUUUUCAGCCAUGUCCAUUAUAAAGACAGAUUUGCGUAGUAAAAUGGGUGAUGAAUGGCUCAAUGACUUGAUGAUAUGCUAUAACGAGAAGGAGAUAUUUAGAAAGAUUUGUAAUGAAAAGAUCAAAAAGAGGUUUGAAGAGAUGAAGAAACGUCGUAUGUUAUUGCCUAAAAAAUUAAUGAUUGCUUCUUCGGAUGAAUAAUGGGUGUCACCGUCGGGCGGCGUCUAUUAGUUUCGUAAUUUGGCUUUUCGGUAUGGAUAAACCGCAUUCUUUAAUUUUCAUGCUGUAUUUUGUGUUUUUUAUUGUCCAUCAAUGUUUUAAUAUAAGACUACUUCAAACUAUUAUAUUUGUCUUUCGUGAGGUGUCGUAGUGGUGCUAUGUCGUUGUGGCAUUUUUUUCUCA